AUGAUGAUACUGAGAUCACAGAUUGCUAGAAUAUCAAAAUCGAGUAAAUUAUCUGUAAAUCUAUCCCUCCGCUAUCAAUCUACCCUCAUAAACGGCCAAUCUUACAGUCGGGAUGAGUUCACAAACGCACCGUCGUCUAUUCUCGCUCUCACAGAGCGACAAUUGCAUCAGCAACCUAGUCAUCCGAUUGGUAUUUUAAGAUCUUUGAUAGAGAACUCACUCAAUAAUUACCAACAUUUGACCGCACCUUCGCCGAUUGUUUCUACUUACAAGAAUUUCGACGAGUUGGAAUUCCCAGAAGACCACCCAGGGAGAAGUUUAUCAGAUUCCUACUAUCUCAACAAAACUACUAUGUUGCGUACUCACACUUCUGCACACGAGUGCGAUGUCUUCAAAAAAGGUACAGACAAAUGGAUCCUCACGGCAGAUGUAUACAGGAGAGACGAGAUUGACAGCUCUCACUAUCCUGUUUUUCAUCAAAUGGAGGGUGCUUGUGUUUGGGAUGAUACUACUAAGAACGUCGAAAAGGCAAUCGAAGAGGAAUUGCAUCUUUUAGAGAAAGCACUGGCACAUACCAACGUCAUAACAGAGGAUGUUACCGUCAAUAACAAUCCAAACAACCCAUAUCAACUAUCACAGAGACCAGAAGUUUCUGGUUUGAUCGUAAAGCACUUAAAAAUGACACUCAACUUACUCGUAUACAAUUUAUUCAAGCAUGCUCAGAAUGUCGACGCCGAACCACUCAAAGUGAGAUGGAUCGAAGCCUACUUCCCUUGGACUGGUCCUUCUUAUGAACUUGAAGUACUCUGGGAAGGCAAGUGGUUGGAGCUUCUCGGAUGUGGUGUCAUGCAACAGCGCACACUCGAACGUGCUGGCAUGGGACAUAAAAGCGGCUGGGCUUUCGGACUUGGUUUAGAGAGAAUAGCAAUGGUCCUCUUCGGUAUACCGGAUAUCAGACUGUUUUGGUCAACAGACGCACGCUUUCUCUCACAAUUUGAGUCAGGGAAGAUCAGCAAGUUCGUUCCAUACUCAAAAUACCCGCCAUGUAUCAAGGAUGUCAGCUUCUGGGUGAACAAACCCUUCCAUGAGAAUGACCUCUAUGAAAUUAUCCGCGAAUGCUCCCAAGAUCUCGUUGAAAGUGUUGAAUGUAUUGACAACUUCGUUCAUCCGAAAUCACAACGUCAUAGUCUUUGUUAUCGCAUCAAUUACCGUUCGAUGGAUAAGAAUCUGACAAAUGAAGAGGCGAAUGAUUUGCACGCGAGCGUGAUUGAAAACAUCAAAAAGGCCUUCAAUAUAGAGAUUAGAUAGAUUUUGUAAAACAAUAUACAUUU